AUGGAACCUUACACCUACCACAUUCUGGUCACUGGUGCCAACAGUGGUCUUGGGUUGGGUAUCUGCACUCGACUGAUUGACGAUUUCUUGAGGACGAAACAGGCGUCGGACACUCUGACACUCCUCUUUACUACCCGAAGUACACGCAAAGGGUCAGACACCCUCAAAAUUCUGCGCUCCCACGUCGAUUCCAUAGCAUUGAGCUCGUCGAAUCGCAUUCACCUUCGUUCUGAGAUUGUUGAAUUAACAAGCCUGCUCUCGGUGCGAGGCCUUGCACAACGACUCAUCGCGUCCGACGUCCCCCAACUCGACGCUGUCAUUCUCAAUGCGGGCAUUGGUGGGUGGACGGGACUCGAUUGGCCUCUUGCUAUUGGAACUGUUCUAGUGGAUCUAAGAAGAGCUACAACAUGGCCUACAUUCAAGCUUGGAGCUGUUGGUGUCGUUGCAAAGCCUCAGCUGCCACCUGUCGACGGUGAAAAGUUGGACGAACCACCGUUGGGAGAGGUGUUCUGCGCUAACGUCUUCGGUCACUACAUGCUCGCUCAUUGGCUGAUGCCGCUGCUUUGGACGUGUCCCUCAUCCUCUCCAGCGAAGAUUGUCUGGGUCAGCUCCAUCGAGGCCUCAGCUCGCCACUAUAACCCGGCCGAUCAUCAAGGCCUGCGCUCAAAUGCAGCCUACGAGCAUAGCAAACGCUUAACAGACUAUCUCGCCCUGACGCAAGGCCAGUCAAAGACGAGGACAUCUUUAUCAUCCUACCUCCACUGUGAGGCCGUUGAAGGUGCACCGAAACGCCCUCAAAUAUCCCGCCCGACCAUACAUACAACUCAACCUGGUAUCCUUACGACGACGAUCAUUGAUCUUUACUGGAUCGUUCACCAGGCGUACUUACUCGCAAUUUUCAUUGCACGCUGGCUCGGCUCUCCAUGGGCGACUGUUAAUCCUUACCCUGCCGCAAUCUCGGCCGUGUGGCUCGCUUUGGUAUCCAGGAGCGAGCUCGAGCUAAAGGAGAAAACGGGAGGUGGUAAGGCCAUCAAGUGGGGUAGUGCUAUAGAUCGAUUGGCACGAUCUAGAGUCGAGUCUACAGAUGUGGAAGGCUGGGGUUUUAAUGGCUCGGGCAAGGCUUUUGCAGACACAUGGUGGGGUGGUCCAUCUUGGUGGCGAGGUGGGCACAUAGGAAGGCCACAAGACGCGAAAGACGCUACCCUGGAGGAUGUCGAGGCCUUUAUAGAUGAAGGAGCCAAGGUGUGGGCAAAAAUGGAGCAGCUCCGUCAGGAUUGGGAGCAGCGACUGCUCGCCCACGACAAACUGCAGCAGAAAUGA